CAUUGCUUCAAAGAACCAAACUGCGGACAUCUUUACAAAAGCAUUACCUGGUCCGAGAUUCAUGAACCUCAUCACCAAGUUGGGUCUUGUCAAUAUUUUGCCAAGCUCCACUUGACGAGGCGUGUAAAAUUACAAAACUCUGUUUCAACUUACAGCAACAAGUUCCAGCUGAAGCUCAGUGAAGAAGAAGGAAGAACAGUGCCUUUUGAUUGAUUGAGAGAAAACGUUACGUUUUCUCAAUGCUAGCAACGUCUUUAUUAGUUAGCUUAUAAGGCAGUCUUCUUGCGUCUUUGUAAAAGCAUUUUAGCACUUUUAUUAGUUACUAGCAACUAGUCACGUAAGUUAGUUAUUUCAGCCUUCAUCUUAUUCGCUGUAACAAGAGAGAAAUCAAGAAAACUUCACUCUGUAGUUCUUCUCUGCAAUUCUUGAAUACGUUUUGAUAUUUCCAAUUGAGAGCUCAAUGAAAUAUCUUGCACCUUCCCUUGCCAUUUUUACAGUAUUUAGCAUCAUAGUACCCGGAACAGUUGAUUAUUUAAGAAUAGGAGAGGGCCCUAACAGACUAAGUGUCAGGUUUUAGUUUUAUUAUCAUGAAGAGAGUAUCAGGUGAUCCUGACAAGUCUUACGUGAGAAGAGCCUUUAGGACUAUGUUGACUUUGAUUUUAAAUAUAACAAAAUAUUAGAUAAGAUUUGUAAGUUAGAUACACCGCCUUCUUGCAGCUAUAAAUUCUGAAGAAGAAAAUGUAACUGUUUCAGAAAAAAGAGCAAAUUAUGGAUCUACUACUUUCCCUUGUUCUCCUACUCUGUUCUGCAGCAUGCAUUUGGUUUCUCCGGGUGGUCCUGAAACCCAAUCCAGGGCCCCGGAAAUCAGCCAAUCUCCCUCCAGGGCCAAAACCUCUUCCCAUAAUCGGCAACAUUCUUGAGCUUGGUGAGAAACCCCACCAAUCUCUCGCCAAACUCUCCAAAACCUACGGGCCCCUGAUGCGUCUCAAGCUGGGAACCAUGACAACAGUUGUUGUAUCCUCCCCGGAAAUCUCCAGGAUCGUGCUGCAACAAUAUGACCAAGUUUUCUCCAGCCGAACACACGCAGAUGCCAUCCGAGCACUUGACCACCACAAACAUUCCGUCGCCUGGAUACCGGCGGACAAUCAGUGGCGGAAAAUCCGUAAACUGUGCAAAGAGAAGAUGUUUUCGGGCCAAAAGCUUGAUGCGAACCAGGGCCUGAGGAGGGAGAAGUUGCGUAAUUUGCAAGACUAUGUGAAUGAAUGCUGCGUUAGUGGCCAGGUCGUGGAUAUUGGUGUAGCUGCCUUUACGACGACCCUUAAUCUGAUAUCGGCCACUCUUUUCUCGGUGGAUUUUGCUGAUUUUGGUUCUGGUUCGUCUCAAGAGCUUAAGGAUGUUAUGAGCGGGAUAGCGUCUAUCAUCGGCCGACCAAAUUUUGCUGAUUGUUUCCCUCUUCUUCGGCUGGUUGAUCCACAGGGCAUCUUCCGCCAGACCACGUUACAUUUCAACAAGUGUUUUAAGAUCUUUGAUGAAAUUAUCCGUCAAAGGCUACAGACCAAUGAUUCGGGGACGAAAAGUGACAUGCUGAAAGAGCUUCUUGAAAUCAACCAGAAAGAUGAGUCUGAAUUGAGCUUUGACGAGAUCAAGCAUUUACUCCUGGAUCUACUUGUCGCAGGAACGGACACAACUUCAGUUACAGUGGAAUGGGCAAUGACGGAGCUAGUGCGCCACCCUGAGAAAAUGUCGAAAGCCAGAAAUGAGUUAAGAAAUGUGGUGGGACUGAAUAAAGAAAUUCAAGAAUCAGACAUCUCAAGACUCCCUUACCUACGAGCAGUGGUGAAAGAAAGUUUCAGGCUUCACCCUGCAACUCCUUUAUCGGUACCUCACAAGGCCGACGAGGAAGCAGAAAUCAAUGGCUAUAUAGUCCCUAAAGGAGCACAAGUUCUCAUGAACGUGUGGGCCAUCGGCAGAGAUUCAAGCAUAUGGAGGAACCCUGAUGUAUUCAUGCCCGAGAGGUUCUUGGAGACAGAAAUUGAUGUCCGUGGCCAACACUUCGAGCUGCUUCCUUUUGGCGGGGGGAGGAGGAUUUGCGUGGGGCUGCCGUUAGCCUAUCGUAUGAUCCAUCUCGUGCUUGCCACUUUCAUAAGCGACUAUGAUUGGAAACUUGAAGGAGGGCUGAAAACUGAAGAAAUGGACAUGAGUGAAAAGUUCGGCCUCACCCUGCAAAAAGCCAUUCCUCUCAAGGCACUUCCAGUUAAAAUUUAGCUAUCAUUAUUUUCCCUUUUCGUUUGAGACUAUGCUUUCACAAAUAUUUGUAUAGAUAUGCAUGCAUCAUCAAAGGGAUUAAGACCUCAUUAAUCAAUACAAUUGGGGGCAUGUUAGAUCCCUUGUCUGAA